AUGACAACUUCUGACUCAUCUAUUUUGGGACAUAUAGUCCUAUUUUCUAUGUCUGAAGGUUCCAAAAUUGUUCCUACAGCUAUUCAAUCUGUUUUGGACCAAUAUCACUUUGUUUUUACUAAGCCUACAGGUCUGCCACCUACAAGGAAUCAUGAUCAUGCUAUUGCUCUUAAACCUGAAGCUGCUCCUAUUAAUUUAAGACCUUAUAGAUUUCCACACAAUCAGAAAGUUGAAGUGGAAAGACAGAUUGCUAAUAUGCUAUCAUCCUUUAUUAUUCAGCCAAGUAAAAGUCCAUUUGCUUCUCCAUGUCUUUUAAUAAAAAAGAAGGAUGCCUCUGGAGUAUCUACUGACCCUUCUAAAGUUGCAGCUAUGAAUGAUUGUCCUGUGCCAAAAUCUCUAAAAUCUUUGCGUGGAUUUUUGGGACUAACAAGCUAUUAUAGACGGUUUAUAAAGGGUUAUGGUACAAUUAGUAAGCCCUUGACACAACUGCUCAAGAAGGACAGUUUUAAGUGGACUACGGAGGCUUUAUUGGCUUUUGAGAAUUUAAAGUAUGCUAUGUGUGAGGCCCCCAUUUUUGCAUUACCAGACUUUGGUAAAUGUUUUUAUUUGGAGACAGAUGCAAGUUCAGGGGGAAUUGGGGCUGAAGGGAAAUCUAAUGUAGUUACUGAUGCCCUUUCUAGACAAUGUGAAGAUCAGGGUCAAUGCUUAGCUAUGAGUACUACUGUGAUCAUUCCUAGUUGGGUGCAAGAGGUGGAAGAAACUUAUAAAGAGGAUAAAAUGGCUACUGAGUGGAUUUUUGUCUUAACAGUUAAUCCUAAUGUUGAUCCUAGGUGGAAAUAUUCUAAGGAGGGUUUACCUACAUCUUUGAGGAAAAAUUGCAUUUUGGUGGUAGUUGACAAGUUUACAAAAUACAGUUAUUUCCUAGCAUUGUCACAUCCCUAUUCUACUGCUGAUGUAGCCAAAUUAUAUUUGGAUACUCUCUAUAAACUUCAUGGCCAGCCUAAAAUGGCCAUUUCUGAUAGGGACAAAACAUUCGCUAGUAUCUUCUGGAGAGAACUAAUGAAGCAGUUAGGGACUAAAACAUUAUUCAGCACUGCAUACCAUCCAGAGACUGAUGGUCAAACAGAAAGGACAAACACUACAGUACAACCUGUUAGUGAUUUAAUGACUAGCAGAGAACAUAUUAGACAGUUGGUAAAAUGGCAGUUAGAGCAGAAACAUGUGGGUGACUCGAUUAUUUCUUCAACUGAGCCUCCUGCGAUGGAUGAUGAUUGUCAGAUUCGAGUCGAACCGUAUAGGGUUAUGGGCAGAAGAAUAAUAAAUAGACAGAACAAACAUGUGACUCAUUUGCUGGUGCGAUGGAGAAACCUUGAUGAAACCAGUGAUUCGUGUGAGGAUUAUACUGUUCUCAAGGGCCAGUUUCCAGAGUUUGAUCCUUGGGGACAAGGAUCGAUUCCAGCGGCGGGUAUUGUUACAGUUGGAAGAGAUGAACGGGAUGAGAACGAUGAUUAUGAAGAGAACGAAGGAAUUAGGGAAAGUAGAAGCCUAGUGUUAGGGAUUGAUGAUGGAGAAUUGGGAAUUGAGGCGAGGGAAUGA